AUGGUGAGUCCACUUGCGGAGACGACGACAGACUUGGUAAAUGACGCAUCGUUAGUGUUUAAUGACGAAAAGCUUGUUACCGAAGAAAAUCCUCCGAGGCAAAUAGAAGAACUGGAGGUUGUACCGGUUCAGGUACUCCCACCUCGCCCACCCCAGCGUUUGGGAGCAAGCUCUCCUCAAUUGGCUGUUGGUUCAAAUGACAAUAGUCAACUCAACGGAUCAAGUUCGGAAAUGAAAAAAUCGCCAGGAAAGUCUCAAGAAAAUGAAGGUAGUAGAAAGCCAGAAUGGAUGCGAAGACCACUAGUGCGAAAAGGUUCAGUAGGACGGUUGUUUGGUCGCAUGAAAGUAACGAUGCAAUCGAAACGCUUCCAUCCCGAUCGACUUCCAGUCGUUCCACCGCCACAGCCGGAACCACCGAAACGCCCACCGCGCAGGAAGACUUUAGCUAAUUUGGAUUUGAGCCGGGAACCGGAGCCAAUUAGUAGAGAUGAGACUGUCUUUCAUUCGCCACCACCCGCUACGCCCAAAUCGGCCCCAGUUAGCGAAUUUGAAAAUAAAUCGGCGACGCUCCGAUCGAUCACUUUGGAUCGUAAAAAGAAGAAUUCAAUUGGUCGUUUUCUAGGUCGCGUGUUAUCUACCAAGCAUCUUAAUGCAACAGAGGGAACGGCCGCGGAAGAGUCGCCUUUAAUUCAGCAGGAACCUCAAAAUCCUGUCCCACAAGAUCCCGUUCCGGAACCUCUACCGACCACACCACCACCCGCAACGACGCCAGCGCCAUCCGAAAAAUCUAAAAAAGGGGCGGUGACGACUGUGAAUGAUAUGGGAACUUUCAUCCGUCGUAUACUUCGUCCUAAAACGCCAACGACUGAUGAAGCCAAAGAAAAACCAUCGCCACAAAGACCCCCACCACCUAGUCGUCAUCAAACUCCCACUCCAAACGAGCAGGAGAGGUCACCAACUACGAAUGUGAAAGUCGGCCUUCAGUUUGACUGUCAGACCUCAAUCAAAUUUCACGACGAAUGGUAUCAUGUAAUGAACGGAAAAUCGGCAAGAGCAAUCGCAAAAUGUGAAAUAAUGGUCAACCAGGAUGGUAACGGUAUCUCCCAAGGAGAAGUUAUUGUUCAACUCUAUGAGCAACCAUCCCAGCAUUGCAUAUCAAAUGUGUUGGAGACGUCAGACGAGUGGGAUGCUGAUGGAAUCGCCAAGGUGCUAAACGAUUUGCGAGAUGUAGUAUGUAGCAAAUUCUAUCCAGAAUCCGCAUAA